UCGAGAAAACAGGGAAAUCGGCAGGUUGUUCGCUCGAACAGACGAUAAGGGAAAAGACGACGACUGAAGGUGAGAAAACAGAGGCAUCACAUUGAAGAUGGGGUGGACCGGGCUACCGAUCUCUCGUUUCACCUCCUGGCAUUCCUGGGGAAAGGCAUGCGCGUACCAGAAGACGCCAAGAAGGCUGUCGACAUGCUUGACGCUCCUGCGCGGCCCUGAAUGGUUUGAGAAUGGUGAUGAUAGUCGUAAGCCAAGCUUUUUGGCGCCUUCCCGCCCGGAAAGAACGGCUGGUAGUGCACCCGUGCGCCUGUCAGCCCGCCUCACAGCCACACCAGCGCCGCAUCUUGGGGGACGCUGCCGAGCGCGCAAUACGAGCGGACGAGGCGCAACACUAUGACGGUGAAGAAACAAAAGACGUGUUUUGUGAGGCGACCCGAACCGCUCCAACUGCAGAAUUCUCGCGGCGAAGGUGGGCCAGGUGGGAAUUGCAAAGGAUCCACGAGAAAAUGAAGUCGCA